ACUCCACACAUGGCCCAGGCAACUAAAUGGCAGGGUUUCUCACAGCUCCUUCAGGAUUUGUCUCAAGUCCUCUUGCACAACCUUAGGAGAAGUCUAUGAGGCCCAGCUUUCCUCGGCCAGUCCAGGUGGAGGCCUCUGCCUCCAACAUUUCCAAGUGACGUAGAACCACAGACCCAGAGGCCCCUCUGCACUUCCUGUGUGGUGUUCAGAAGCCCGCCUCCCCUCUCAGCCUCAGGUGCUUGCUUCAGAAAAUGAAGUAAUAAGCUGACUCUUCACCGUCUCAGUAGAGUGAGUGUCCAGUGAGAGAAGGAUGCAGUCAAGCACUCUCUGGGGAGUUCUGGGACUCUGCCUCCUAUCAGUUGGUGCUUGGGGGCAGGAAGAUGAUGAAGAAAAUGAUGACCUAACACAGAUACAAUACAAAGUCUCCAUCUCGGGAACUGAUGUGAUGCUGACAUGCCCUCCAAAAGCUCUGCAGGGCACAAUAAAUUGGGAAAGAAAUGACAAAAAACUAGAAGGCGAAAAUGACGAACAACUGAUACUGAAGAAUUUUUCAGAAAUGGAUAACAGUGGUUAUUACGCCUGCUACACAACCCCAAGACAAAAAGAGAAUAUCCAUUUUCUGUACCUGAGAGCUAGAGUGUGUGAGAACUGCGUAGAGGUGGAUCUGACGGCUGUGGCCACAGUCAUCGUAGUCGACAUCAUUGUCACUCUGGGCUUGCUGAUGCUGGUUUAUUACUGGAGCAAGAAUAGAAAGGCCAAGUCCAAACCUGUGACACGUGGAGCAGGCGCUGGUGGCAGGCCCAGGGGACAAAAGAAGGAGAGGCCACCACCUGUUCCCAACCCGGACUAUGAGCCCAUCCGGAAAGGCCAGCGGGACCUGUAUUCUGGCCUGAAUCAGAGAGGAAUCUGACAGCUCUGGAGGAUCGCCUACGUCUGCCUCUCCCUAGGCACCCUGCAAUUCCUUGUUCCCUGGACAAGUUUUGGACCCUACAAGAGAAUUGUUCUUCAGUCUCACGGUGAACUCACAACAUCCUGCAGAAUUGUCUUUGGCUCGUUCCUUCCUGCCAUCUCUACCUGCCGCCCAGUUCUAGGAUUUUUCUGCUUCAUUGUCCUUUGAAACAUCAUGGCUAUUCAACCCCUUACACCCAGCCUGCCUGUCAGGAUAUUUAUUUCUGUGAUUCACUCCCGGCCAAUUAUUCCCUUCCCCCACACAGAUAUUUCUGCCUUCAAAUCCCUCCUUUCUCUGCAUAUAAAUUGUCCCUCAUUCUGUAAUCACAGUGGCUUGGGAGGCUGAGGCAGGAGGAUCUCAAGUUCGGAGCUAGCCUCAGCAACUUAGUGAGGCCCUAAACAACUCAGUGAGACCUUGUCUUUAAAUAAAAUAUAUAAAAGGGCUGGGGAUGUGGCUCAGUAUUUAAGUGCCUCUGGGUUCAAUUCCCAGUACCAAAAAAAAAAAUGUUCCCUCAUUACUAACAAUUUCAUUUAACUUUCCAUUUUCCCAGCUCUCUCUCUCUGCAGCCUUCUUUGUGGGGGACUGGGUAAAUGUUGGCAGAAGCCCUGUCCCAUUCACAGAUCCUGGCCCAGAGUCAGCCCUGAGCCCCCUUCCCUGGUUCUUACUGCAGGCUACUGGAUGAUCAUUCGCAACUCCAUGAAUGCAUGUAAGCUCCUCUCUACUGACAGAGAAAACAAAUAAAGUGUGUUUGGCUGAAAGAA